AUGAGAACGGCAUCAUUUCUUUGUUUUACAUUUAUUAUCUUUGUGUCGCAAAUUGUUGAUAAUUCUGAGGCUUCCUUUAUAAUCAGAAGAGCACCUAAGAAACCACUAUCUCCAGUUAUUUUCGUUCCUGGCGAUGGUGGCAGUCAAGUUGAUGUGAAAUUAAACAAACCAUCAACUGUCCACAUCUUCUGUACGAAAGCCACAAAAGAAUACUUUAAUAUAUGGCUCAAUUUGGAACUUUUGGCUCCAUUAAUCAUUGACUGUUGGACUGAUAAUGCAAAAUUACAUUACGACAAUGUAACUAGAACAACAAGCAAUUCCCCUGGCGUUGAGCAUAGAAUUCCAGGAUGGGGUGACUCAGAAACUGUAGAAUGGAUUGAUCCAUCACAUGCAAAACAAGGCGCAUACUUUAAAUCUGUUGGUAACAUGCUUGUUGAUAAUGGAUAUGUUAGAAAUGUGUCAAUGAGAGGUGCUCCAUUUGACUUCCGUAAAGGACCAAGUGAGCUUGGACAAUACUUUAUUGACUUGAAGAAGCUUACUGAAGAAACAUACGAUCUUAAUGAUCAUGAGCCAAUUACUUAUAUUGCUCAUUCGAUGGGAGCUCCAAUGUUGAUGAUCUUUUUCCAACAACAAACUGAGGCAUGGAAGGAGAAAUAUGUUAAACGGAUGAUAACAAUUGCUGGUGCAUGGGCUGGAAGUGCUAAAGCAGUUAAAGUGUUUGCAAUGGGCGAUGACCUCGGAAGUUUAGGAUUAUUUGCAAGUGAAAUGAAACCAAUGCAGAUUUCAAUGCCUUCACUCGCAUUUUUACUUCCGUUCCCGGCUGUUUGGAAGCCUGAUGAAGUUCUAGUCUCAACACCUAGAAGAAAUUAUACUCAUAGUCAGUUAAAUGAAUUUUUCACAGAUCUGGGAUAUCCAAUAGCUUGGGAAAUGAGAAAGGAUAAUCUGAAAUUUGUUGAGAACUUUGCUCCACCAAAUGUUGAGAUUCACUGCUUGUAUUCGACUAAAAUGAAAACUGUUGAGGGUUUACGAUACAAGAGCAACGACUUGUCAAGCACACCAGAGUUGAUCUAUGGCGAUGGUGAUGGAUCUGUCAAUUUGCGAAGCUCACAAGCAUGUACUUUAUGGAGAGGCUUACAAAAGCAAUCAAUCUCAACAUUGAAUGUAGAAAAGGUUGAACAUUUUGAGAUUCUUCACAACGAGAAAGUUGUUAAUUACAUUAAAGACUUGAUGAUUAAUUAA